AUGCCCGCGCUCGUUCGCGCGCCGCGCGCCGCGCGCGUCGAUCCCGCGACGUCGGCGUCCGCGCGGCGUCGCGCGGCGUCCAGCGCCGAGUCGCGCGAGCGACGACACCCCGCGCGGGUCGCGAUCGGCGCGCUCGCGGCGACCGUCGUCGCGCUCACCUCGACCGCGCCCGCGAGCGUGGCGCUCGAGGCGAAUGAGACCAACUCCGAGUUCGUCGAGCGCCUGCGGGCGCGGAGCGAGGAGAAGCGCGAGGAACGAAAGCAAGAGCGGUUGGACGACUACUACAAGAAAAAUUUUGGUGAUUACCUGCGGUGGGAGAGCGGGGACAAGGCGUUGCGAGAUCCGAGCGCGCUGUCGGAGAACGACAGAAAGAUUGCGGCGUAUCUGGAGAAGAUUUCUUAG